AAAAAACAAAAUAAAAAAAAUUAAAAUUGAAAAAAAAAAUCCCAAUAAAAAAUGUCUUCUUUGCGCGCUGCAACAUUUUUCUGCUUCUUGUUCACUUUGUUGAGUUUGGAAUUCGUCUCACCUUGGAUGAAUUUCAACAGUUAUGUAUCGAAGAAACGUACCGAUUUGAAAAAACGUUGUCCAAAUGUUCGUGCAGUUCGAAAUUUCGAUCUGGAGUCAAUGAUGGGAUUCUGGUAUGUAGUUCAAUAUUAUGCAUCAACGGAAGAAUUGCCAGAAUAUGCCUGUAUGCAGAGUAAUUUUGCAUUUUCCGCUGAAGAUCAACAUAUCACUAUGAAUUUUAGUUACAUCUUUGCCGAAGAUCCAUUAAGAGAAAAAUUACAAGGGAAUAUUACGUGGAUCAUACCGGAUUUUGAAGCACCAGCACAUUGGAUGCACACUGAAGAUAUUUAUGAGGGCAUCUACAAUACUUACGUCAUCGAUACGGAUUACAAGUCAUGGAGCCUAAUAAUGCAUUGCGCGGAGAAGAAAAAAUCACCGCGUUAUUUAUCAGCUUUGUUGUUGUCACGAGAACCACAAUUAGGCGAUAAUGUCAUCAACUUUUUGAGAGAAAAACUACCUCGGUAUGAGAUUGACUUGUCGUUCAUGUUUCCAAUCAAUCAAACUUGCCAUAAUUUAAUGGAGUCUGUUAAUGAUGAUCCACUCGCUUACAUAUUAAAUGAAGAAAAGAAGAAAGGAAAGGAUGUGAAGUUUAUUUUAAAAACAUAAAUGAUGCUCCAAAAAAUAUA